GUGGAAAUAAUAAUACUUAAAAUAAUGGCCGACGGUGGGCUUAUCGCGAUAAAAAUUGUAUUUAUAGUCGUCAUCUAUGUUCUAGCCUUUGUUUCUGGAAUAUUACCCAAUAUAAUCCCAUGGUGCAAGAAAAGCACCAACUUCCUGGGUAUUGCUAAUGCCUUCAGUGGAGGUGUUUUCAUCGCUAUCGCCUUUAUGCACAUUCUUCCAGAAGCGUCUGGAGAUUACCUUGAGUAUAUGGAAGAAAAUGAGAACGAACAAAUGUCUCUGACCCAUGGAGAUGAUGAUGAUGACGAUGAUCCCUUCCCUCUUCCCUUCGUGCUAACCUUUGUUGGUUAUGCUUUCAUCCUACUCAUCGAUAAGGUGAUCUUUGACACACAUUCUCUCCUCGGAGAUCAUCAGCAUGGUCAUGGCCAUGCUAUUGAUACAGAGCACAAAGACAUGAGCAAGAAACACCUUUUAGAGGAGGAUGUCAGAGAAUCUUUCUCCAGAAACGGUAAAUUUUCGUCAAAAAUGCAUCAAGCACUUUAUCCAGCCGGCAAGGAGGGAGAUGAAAUCAACGAAUCCUCGAGAAAAAGUCAUGACAAGCUUGACGAUGAGGCUCAUGCUAGUGAGCACCUUAUUACCAAAGCUGAUAUUGAGCAACCACAAGAAAAAGGGUGUGUUUCAAGCUUGACUCCAGUCGUUCUCAUGAUAGCUCUUAGUACACAUGCCGUGUUUGAAGGUAUUGCUACCGGAAUGGUCGAUGACAGUCAUGAUAUCUGGACUUACAUUAUAGCUAUCCUUUUACAUAAAUGGGCUGCUGCCAUGUCUCUUGGGAUAAGUAUGAAUAAGAACUUCAAAGAUGAUAAGAAAAUCAUGUAUCUUCUCUUGUUCAUCUUCUCAUUUGCCACUCCUGUAGGUGUUGGUAUCGGAAUGGGAAUUGCUAAUAGUAACGCUAUCACUGAGAUAAUUUUCAGCUCUCUCGCUGCUGGAACUUUUGUAUACAUCGCCUGCUCAGAGGUAAUCGUUGAAGAGUUCUCCAUUCCAAAAUACAAGUGGAUUAAAAUGCUUGCCUUCUUGCUUGGUGCUGCUCUUAUCCUAUGUUUAGGAUUUAUCGAGAGCUAAGGAUACCAACUUUUGACCCUUUUGUGAUUAUAGGGAUACAAUAAGUUGAUUUCAAUGGUCUUA